UUGUGACAUCAAAUUAGACAAGGUAUCACUCACUGAUUCAGUUGAAUUGAAUUUACUGUUAAUUACGACAAUAAUAUGCCCAAGUCAGAACCUUUUCCUUCGUGUCACUUCUUUCUUCUUCUCCUUCUAUGUGGCUUUGUCGGCGGCGACACACCGUCGCGGGAGGUGUGGUGCGUGGCCAAGAACAACGCGGAGGACGCGGCGCUGCAGUCGGCUGUUGAGUGGGCAUGCGGCGCCGGUGGGGCCGAUUGCGGAUCGAUCCAGGGAGGAGGGCCCUGCUUCGACCCUUCCAGCGUGCAGAAUACGGCGUCGUACGCUUUCAAUGAUUAUUUCCGAAAACACGAGAUCUCAGAAGAGAAUUGUAACUUCGGCAACAAUGCCGCCGUCACCUCCUUGAACCCCAGUUUCGGUAAUUGCAAGUUCCCUUCUAGUUCGAUAAUAAACAACGGAAGCCUCUCGGGAUCCGCGUCAUCGACGGGAUCGAUGCCCGGUGAAGACACGAGUGGGUGCGGUGGAGUUGUUCGGAGGUGGUGGUUUUGGCCAUUUGUUAUCGCCGCUCAUUUAUUCUCCGUAGUUUCAUUUUCACCCCUAUCUAUUUUGGAUUUGUAGAUUUACUAGCAUAGUUCAAAUCAGCAUUUUGACGGAGAUUGUACUUAAUUUAAAUCAAAUGUAGUAAAUGGAAGGUUGUGUUAUGAACUA